AUGCUUCUUGAGGAGACGCAAAAGGCCCGGGAGAAUAAACACGAGGGAUACGUUCUGAGCUGGUCUCCGAAAAGAGAGGAAGAAUCGGAAGAGCCGAAGGUCACUUCUGAAGUGACCGAAGCUCAGAUGGUAAAGAAUCUCUGGGACGAGCUGGAGAAGAAAAAGUGUGCCCCGAGGUUUAAAAGGUUGAAAAAGGUGGGAAAGGACAGACUUUACGUAGAACCGGAGAAUGAGGAGACGAGGAAACUUCUCCAAAACGCUUCGCUCGACAUCCGUCGGGCGGGCGAGAGAAAUCCUCAUAUCAUAGUACAUGGGGUCGGGAUUGAGGUAAAGGACGACGAAGUCGCCGUGUUGCUGGAAGAGCAGAAUGAAAGUUCUGUGACGCUGGCGACGGGGUGGUUUAAGAGUCUGGAACUCAUCUCGCACAAAAGUAGGGUGACGAGAAAGGGACGGAAUGUAGAGUUCGUGGUAACUCCCGAGGUUGCUGGCCAGAUCGUGGGCCAGACGAUGUGUGUCGGGCUAUCGCGGUGUCGGGAGGGUCCAAGUGUGAACGUGCGGAGAUGCCAUCGGUGUCAACGUUACGGGCACACUGGGGUAGCCUGCAAGGCGCCGUCGGUGGUCUGCGGGCGUUGUGCUGGCUCGCAUCAUGCUGCGCACUGUGUUGCACGUCCAGCCCUAAUACGGUGCACGAGUUGCGCCGCUAUGUCGGACGUGGGAGGUGAAUUUCCGGCGGGAGGCCCGGAAAUUCAAAUGGUCGGUGUAAGAGUAGGGCAGGUAAAUCUGGGACGGGGGAAACUGGCAACAGAUGACCUGCUGUCCGAGAUUAGGGAACGAGGUCUGGAUGUUGUGUUAAUCCAGGAACCUUUUGUGACGGGAAGUGGGACGUUUGCCAGUCUUGGUAGAUUUCCCCUUCGUUUCAUAACGGGCAACUCACCGGGUGAGAAACCAGCGGCGGCGGUAUUGGUGGUAAACCCUUCAUUGGGCGCAACGCUAAUAACGCAGUUUAGCGGGACUCACGUGGUGAUAGUGGAAAUCCGCAGCGGGGACAAAAGUCUCUAUGUGGGUAGUACGUACUUCCAAUUUUCCGAGGAAACCGACGUCCAUGUCGAAAGACUGGAGUCGGUGAUCCGGGAUCUGGGGGGUGCGGACUGGCUCAUUGGAGGCGACUUCAAUGCGAGAUCUACACUUUGGAAUGACACACAUACGGACGGUAGGGGUGAGAGGGUAGAAGAUAUGAUUAUGUCGAGUGAAACAAUCUGUUGUAACGAGGGCUCUGUACCGACCUUCCAAACUAGUAUGGGAUCGGCGAUACUUGAUCUGACGCUCGCGUCGGUGAGAGUUGCCGCUUCCAUCAGUGGAUGGAAAGUGCAUGAGAACGCGGUCACCAGUGAUCACAGACUAAUCACAUUCGGAUACGAUGACAUAGAGGAGGGAGAAAUAGUAAAACAGGAAAGUAAAAGGUUCAAUGUCCGGAAAGCCGACUGGAAUGUCUUCCGACAAAGGCUUGCGGAGAAGCUGUUCAACGGCCAAUCCACAUGGCUGGAGCAGGAUAUACAUUCCAGAGCGGAUUACCUAACCAAGGCACUGAGCGAAGCCUGUAGAAAGUCGAUGCCGAUGAUAAAACCGCGAGAGGUCGGGGUUCCUUCGUGGUUCACGGAGACCCUUGAUACUCAGCGGCGUAUAGUCAAGCGGAUAAGACGGAAAAUUGGCAAAUCUCGGGCCUUGGGAAGCGAGGAAAGGACAGCCGCAUUGGAAGAGGUCUACCGGAGAGAAAGAAAUAAGUAUACGGCAGGAAGGAGAAGAGAGCAGACGAGAACCUGGCGAAAGUUUACUACCGAAGAGGGUAACGAAAAGCCAUGGGGGUCCGCCUAUAGAUGGUGUAAGGAAGGAGCGAACAUGGACUCGCGAGGUGUUCUAGCGACCCUCCGCAAGGGGGGUGGUGAGAGCACAGUGGGUCUAACGGACACUCUGGAUUUACUGCUGAAGACGCUAAUACAUCCAGACUCGAUCGAAGGUGAAACCGAGGAACACAAAAGAAUCCGAGAGGAGACUGGCGUGGAAAUCGGUGGAUCUGAAGAGACGGACUGGGGUGAAGAGUCGGAAAGCAACCAUCUAGAGGAAUUUGUGAAUACGCUUCAGAGGAGGGCGUUGUUAGGCAUAUCAGGGGCCUACAGGACCACUUCAACUGUAGCCUUACAAGUGCUAGCUGGGACUACAGUGGCUAGCAGCCAAGGAUGA